UGUGUGUGUGUGUGUGUGUGUGUGUGUGUGUGUGUGUGUGUGUCUCUGCUUGAGAAUUUGGAGAUUUUUGUAAGCGAACAUGUGUCAUGACUACACAUCUCUUGUUAUCACUUAUAAGCAGUAUACUGUGCAUCCGUUUCCCCGACCCUCUGCUGUGACAAUCAACACAUCUGUACAGUGGUGGUGUUUGGAGAGAGAUCAGGACUGUGUGUGUGUGUGUGUGUGUGUGUGUGUGUGUGUGUGUGUGUGUGUGUGUGUGUGUGUGUGUGUGUGUGAGUGUGCGUGUAGCUCAGACAUCUAACAGACAACAACCCAAAUCUGUUUGAACUAUUGUCUCAUUUUGUCAGGAGGUCGCAGACAGACACGCAGCUCAUUGAGGUUUACUUGUUUAUAAGGUACGUCGUGUCUGUGAAAUGAAUGAGCUUCUAUUUCUGAGCCUGGAAAGAAAAAAAAAAUCCCUCCCUAAUUCAACAAGCACAGGAUCGGAAAAACAACAAUAAUAUUCCUUUUCUGAAAUCCUUGCUGCUGCUAACAACUGUAGUUUCAUGUUUCUCUCUGAGUGGUUUAUUUUCUGUGUCCUUUAUGUCUGACAGCUUGCUGCUGCUGUGUUCAGGGUUGUGUGCAGCCAGUUUUAAAUCUCCCCUUAAGCUUGUAGGUCAUCAGAGAUUUCACCUUUUAUGGCCUUGAGGUAUUUAAAGGAGCACUCUGGUGAUUUUUAAUAUUUUGUUUCCUUAAAGCUGCAGUGUGGAAGUUUUGUCUCCCCCCUCUGGCCAUGAGAAUAACUACACAAAUGCAAAGGAAAAGCCAUGGUUAUCUGUGUUCCCGACUUUGAUCACUCUCUUUUGUUUAGAUUGUAAUCCUUCCUCUGACCACUGAGAUUUUUUAAUCUGGUGCAUCAGUAACUUUUCAUGGACGCUCCCUUGGUUUUUCAGCCAUAGACUCCUCCAUACUCUCCAAUGCUGUGGUUGCUCUCCUCUUCAGCUCUGUUUACAAACUAAUUGUUGCCGGUUGACUUCAAAAACAUUGCUACCAGUGCACCAGUGUCUCCACAGACAUCAGAUUUAAACUCUGGUAUAGUGCGGCGUACAGAGGGAUUUACCUGGUGCUGAUAGAUUUCAUUUGAAGGUAAUUGAUGUCCAUUCAGAGUCCAGUCCUCUAGUUUUAAUAAGCAGAUAAAAAGAAAGAACACAUGCCAAAACCACAGCCACAAGAGCCAAGAUGCCCGGACUUUAACCGCUAAUGUCCAUAGCAUCCAGCUGCUUUGCACCAUGGUUCCACGACAGCUGCUUGCAUCUAAAGCGUGAAAUUCACUUUCAAAUGUAUUAAAUUGCCUUUAUUUAUUGGAAGUUGACUUAAUGUUUAAUGAAGCAUUUUAUUUGUUUCACACAUAAAGCUGUUUGUUGUCAGCAUGGCUGGAUUAAUUUCCCAGAGGACCCCAGGGGAAAAAAUUUAGUUGUUUGGUCCCUAUUGGCCUCCAUUAUACAUGGCAAUUUUAUUCUCUCUGCAGGCACAACAGAAAUCCAGAGUAUUUCUUAAUAAAUUGUUUGACAGAAAAUUAAUUGGCAGUAUUUUUUAAAAAUAAUUGGUUAGUCAUCAUAGUCACUACAAAAUGCCAAAAAUUCACUUGUACCAGCUUCUCACAUGUGAACAUUUAAAAUCUUAUUUUAUGGUCACAACAUUCUCAGACAAAAUAAACAGAUACAAGUCAAAGACAACAGCUGUGCAGCGAUGAUAGAGGGUCAGGAGCAACAGAACCAAAACCCGUCUGUUACCACUGAGCUGCUGUAUUUUUGCUUGUUAAACAUGAAAAAUGUCAGCAAAACAACUCUGAACUGUUUUAUUAAUGUGCUCACAAAAGGACAGAUGCUCUACGUCUGAAAUGUUUCCAGUGGACAUUGAAUGUGGCACUCCUGGAUGCUGCAUACAUUCAACUUUAGUCCCUAGUGUAUGGGUCAAACAUUGGUGAUGACUGAACGAAUCUUGAUGUGUAAAAAUCGGUGGAGUGCUCCUUUAAAAACUCACGUGAACCCCCAUAUAGGCCACUAUGUUUAACUUUAAAGUGUCAAUACAAGACUGACCAGUGACCAGCAUGUCACCAGUGUAUGAUGUGAGUGAUGAUUACCAUGUGAACAUAUGUGUCAUGAAGCAGUAAAAGGAAGUUUAGGUGGUUUGGCUCUGAAACAAUAACUGCAAAUGUAUAAAUCCAUAUGGUAUGAUAGAUUGGGAACAAAUACUUGGCAGCAGAGGCCAGUUGAUGUGUCUAACUUUUUAUGAUUUUUAUGUAAUUUCAGUGUCAGUUUCAACACAAUUCAUCCAAACACAACUGUAAAACCGAGGAAUAUAGUUGCAAUUUUAAAUCACAUCUCAUUGAGAGACAUUUGGCAUGCAUGUAAGUCAGUCAGCUAUUAUGAAAUUCAUGUUUUAGCUUCUGAAAACUCUACAAUCCUAAGGGUAGUAGGUGUUUGUGCAGUUUUGUUUUCGGAAGACUAAAGUGGGUUCCCUGCUUGAAUCACUCGCCAUGUGAAGAACAGAAAAGAAGAACCAGCUACAUUUGGCAACAAUGUUGUAACUCACGAGUUUUAAAACCACUCAUAACCACGGCCCGGUUAUUCAUCUAAUAUAUACUGGAUACAUCGGAGGCGUGUACACACUGCGGAGCUGUAUAAGAACCUAAAGAGAAAACAGAUAACCAGAUGCUCCGGCGCGCUUUUACGCGUGAAAUCGUCGGUGUAUCCAAAGAGGCGCACAGCUCAGACAGAGCUUUAGCUGGCGUUACAUUUAAAUUAUUCCACUGAAAGUUAAACCGGUUCAGCUGACCAGCGUUGGGACCCGUAAUCCAUUACUACUGCGUUCAUAAUGAUUUAUAAUAACUGGGGAGAUUUUUGUGGAGAGAUGCUCAGACCAGGGUUGCACUGAGUUUUAUUUUUGCUCAACAUCUGUCAGUGUAACUCUUUGCCUCAUGUACUUGUAAAUAUGACAACAUCAGAUCUAUAAUUGUGAAUAAAGCAAGUUUUAUCACAGGAGUCGAGUCAGUCAUGGAGCAGUUUGUGUCUCCUGAUCGGUCUUUGUCAGUCUGCAAGCGGGUAUGUUACGCAGCGGGACAUUUCCUGAACGACCUGUGCGCCUCUAUGUGGUUCACGUACCUGCUGGUCUACCUCCACUCCGUGCUCGGCUUCCAGAGCACCUACGCGGGUGUGAUGCUGCUGAUUGGUCAGAUAGCGGACGGGGUGUGUACGCCUCUGGUUGGGUAUGAGUCCGACAGAACGCAGGGCGUGCUGAGGUACGGCAAGAGGAAAACCUGGCAUCUCCUGGGAAUCGUUUGCGUCCUGGUGUCUUUCCCCUUCAUCUUCACCCCGUGCCUGGCCUGCUCCGACAACACUCCUCAGUGGGCUCAGAUCCUCUACUUCUCUCCCUUCAUCAUCAUCUUCCAGUUCGGCUGGGCAGCCACUCAGAUCUCGCACCUCUCUCUCAUCCCGGAGCUGGUGUCCAGUGAGAGCGCCAAGGUGGAGCUCACUGCGUACAGGUAUGCGUUCACUGUGGCGGCCAACCUCACGGUCUACACUGUGGCCUGGCUCCUCUUUCACUUCCAGGCUCAGCACAGUGUGGAUCCGUCCAUUGCAGACAACCUGAGCCAGGAGGACAUCCCUCUGUUCAGGAUGCUGGCCCUCAUUGUGCUGGGCAUCGGGGCCUUAUUCUCCCUGAUAUUCCAUGUUGGUACAAAAGAGGGUCCCUCAGCCUCAGAGAGAGAGAAUCGGCUGAUUGAAUCUUCCUCGAUACAGGAGCCUUUGACUCGUCCUGUAUUUCAGUGGAAGCAGUGGUUAAAGGAGCCCUCCUUCUAUCAGGUGGCUUUUCUGUACAUGUGCACCAGACUAAUAGUCAACUUGUCUCAGACCUACAUCUCCGUUUACCUCACCAACUCACUGAUGUUACCAAAGAACUUCAUUGCCAUCAUUCCUCUGGUGAUUUACGUCAGCAGCUUUGUGUGCUCUCUGGUCAUGAAACCAGUCAGCAAGCGCAUCGGCAUCAGUAUCACCUAUUUGUUUGGCUUACUGCUGGUGCUUGGCUUUGCCACCUGGGUGUUUGUGGACAAACACAUGGGAGCUGAAAGCAUCUAUGGAGCGGCAGUGCUGCUGGGAGCCGGUUCAGCUACAAUCCUGGUCAUGUCUCUGUCCAUGACGGCCACGCUCAUCGGAGAGCAGACGCAAAGUGGAGCCUUUGUUUAUGGAUCAAUGAGCCUCACAGACAAGGUGGCUAAUGGCGUGGGGGUCAUCAUCAUCCAGAGCGUCCGACCAUGCAGCACAGAGUCUUGCUGCCCGGCCUGCGUUUGGUUCUAUCGUGACGUCAUGGCGACAGUUACCGGGGGCGUCGCUUUGGCUGCAGCACUGUGCCUGCUCACAAUUCUCAUCUGGCCAAUCAGGAUACGGAAAAAUUAGGAUUCAAGAAUGAUAUAUAAGGAUAUACACCGUACUCAUCUGUCUUUAUUGUCCUCAUACCUGCACACACAGAGAAAAAUAAACACUCACAUUAUCAGGGAUUUAAUGACUCACUACAUGAUGUUAAAGGCAGGUGUAUUUUGGAUUUUUAUUGACAUUGUCUGUGUAUUUUUUGCUUAAACCAGCAUCAAAAUGUCAUAAAAGUUGUAUUUAAGCUCCACGAGACUUAUCAAUAUAAAAAAAUGUUUUUGAUCUUUUUUUUUUUUCUAAAUAUUUACUCAUUUUAGAGGUUUUGUUGUUGGACAUGGGAUAUGGUGCAGAGCCAUGCCACCAUCUAGUGGGUAAAUAUGUAACUACACUGCCUUACUGUAAGGGCUUGGAAAGUUUCUUAAAACUGAUCAUUACAGUAUAUUAAGAGCUCCAUGUGAAAGGUUUCUGAUUCUGAUUCCACUUGAUGCAUGACUAAUUUACUAACAACUGCAUUCACCUUGAAUGGAACUAAAAAAACUGAACUAAGAAAAGGUCCUUGAAUGGAACUAAAUGUCAUGGAGAAUUUAGAAAUUGAAAUAUUUUAAUCGAAACACAUUGACUCAUGAAUACUACACAUUAGAAUAUUUCAUAAUGAUAUUCACAUUUGGAAAUUAAUAGAAAAUUUGCUUUAGUUUUCUAUUGUGAAUGAAGCCAAAUAUCUCAGUUGACCUGACAGCAGCUGUGGCACUGUUCCAGGGUGAACUGGGUGAACUUGACUUCUUUUAUUUGAGUGUGUGUGUGUGUGUGUGUGUGUGUGUGUGUGUGAGAGAGAGAGAGAGAGAGAGAGAUAGAGAGAGAGAGAGAAAGAGUGAGAGAGACUGUAAGCAUGAGAGGUCAUACCUUCCUGACCAUUAUUAUUUGUACUACUUGCUUUGAUCAUGUACUGUGCUGCAGGAGAAACACUGGUUGGUUGGAUAAAGUAAAUUUGAAAAUAUACUGCACACAUACUGUAUCUGAGGGGAAAACUGCAGCAGAGAAACUGUAUUAAUUCCUUUAUAAUGCCACAUCCCUUUAAAUUUUAAAAUCAUUUGAUAAUGCUCACACACUUCACCUUUAUCUUUGUUCUUUAUUUUUUUCUGUUGUGUGGCUCAUGUACCUCAUCAGUAAACUACACACUUCUGUGAUUUAGAUUCUUAUUGUCAUGGAAAUUGUUUUAAAAUCAAUGCUAGCAGGUUCAACCAUCAUCUGUGAGUCCUGUUUGCUCCUGAAGACUCACUGGUUCACUGUAGUUUAGGCAAGAGUUUGUAUUUUACUCUUAGGUUUUAAGAACCACAAUAAGAACCACAAUUAAUCUAAUGCUAGGUUUGUAGAUUUUCAGGUUUCAUGUUGUGUUAAUGAGUUACUAGUUUUUGUGUAGCCUCAGUGUUUUAGUUUGACCGAGAAAAUCAAAAUAGAAAGACUAAGAAAUAAAUUCCCUCUUUGUUCUGCUUGGGAGUAAAUCAGA